AUGACGAACUUCGACAUCAAGAUCGUCUCCGACACUGUCUGUCCAUGGUGCUACGUGGGCAAGAAGCGGCUCGAGAAAGGCAUCUCCAUGUACAAAGCCGCGCACCCCGAGUCGAACGACACCUUCUCGACGACCUGGUUCCCCUUCUACCUCAACCCUGAUGCCCCGCGCGACGGCGUCGACAAGCAGCAGAUGUACCAUACCAAGUUCGGCCCGCAGCGUACGCAGAUGAUGCAGCAGCGGCUGGCAGCGAUCGGGCAACAAGAGGGGAUCGACUUUAAGUUUGGAGGGAAGACCGGGAAUACUCGUGACUCGCACAGACUGAUUCAGCUUGCGAAGACGAAGUCGCCAGGCGUCGAGAACAGAGUCAUCGAGGAGUUGUUCACAGCGUACUUCGAGAAAGAGAAGGAUAUAACUUCGCACAAGGUCCUGCAAGAAGCGGGCGAGAGAGCUGGCUUGGAUGCGGCGGAAGUCCGGGACUGGCUCGAGAGCGACAAAGGAGGGAAGGAGGUCGACGAGGAAGUUCGGGAGGCGCAGCGCAGCUUCAUAUCUGGCGUGCCAAACUUUACCAUCCAGGGAAGAUAUGAGAUCGGUGGUGCUGAAGAGCCAGCGGCGUUUGUGGACAUCUUCGAGAGAGUCAAAGCAGCUCGAGGCUCUUCAUGA